UGCUUCAAUACGAAAAUAUUAAAUUAGCAUGCGUUUACAUAACUCAACUGCAUUGCGCUUAUUAGAUGGGCAUAGUGGGUAGAUUGGAAGAACGAUUUCGCAAACGUGGUGUACUUACUUUUACAGAACUGAGGAGAGAAUGCAUCUGUGAAGCAGAAAGGAUGAGACCACGACGACGAGGAAGGAGUUUACGCCGACGCGACGUUGGUGAGAAUUCACAUCACUACGGAGGAGCGUCGACAGGUGCAGCCGAGGCUGGUGACGUAUCAUCCAGCACACCAACAAGCAAAGCCGACAAGUUAUUUGAGGCCUUGCGACAUGGCCUUGAGGAUAUGGGAGAAGGACUGAUUUUGUUUCCCAAUAGAAUGUCGUUCAAUUACUUAGGAAUUCUAACGAUGUCGCCUGCCCGUGAUAAUCAACCUACGGCAAUGGUAUCAAGUGUGUUGCUCUCCUGUGAGAUUUUGUCAUGA